UCCGGUUCUAUUUGAACUUAAAGUUAAUUUAUUUACUAGUUUUCAAUCAAUUUUAAAAAUGAUAGAACGGAAUGCAAUGAAACAAUAUAUUUAAGUAAUUAAUGUCCAAUAAAAAUAAUCGUGACUCAGAUCUAAAUACAAUUAAUAAAAUUUAAAGAACACGAUAAGAAACCAAUCAUCAGAAUUAUUAUCAUAAAUUAUUAUGAAUAUGUAAUUACAAUACAAGCACGACCUUCGCCGUCCCCACGUUUGUCACGACACCGGACCCCUCACUGUUACGACUCACGACAUCACUCAGUGAGCGGCGGCCGACCGUGCAGGAUGUCGACCAGAGUAGCCGUAGUGACUGGCGCGAACAAAGGCAUCGGUUUUGCCAUAGUCAAGGCUCUAUGUCAGAAAUUUGAUGGCGUAGUGUAUUUGACUUCUCGUGAUGAGACUCGGGGCCAGCAAUCUCUCAGUGAGCUGAAGCAGCUCGGCUUGAGCCCUGAGUUCCACCAACUGGAUGUCGCUGAUAAGGACAGCGUCAAACGAUUCGCGGACCACAUCGAAAAGAAGCACGGGGGCAUCGACAUUCUCAUCAACAACGCCGGCGUUGCUAACGGAAUUCAAAUUGGGAGACCUUACGAAGAGAACAAAGCCAUUGUUGACAUCAACUACUUCAGCAUUUUGACCAUCAAGGAGUAUCUGUUCCCGUUGCUGCGGGACAAGGCACGUGUGUUAAACAUCUCCAGUGACUGUGGUCAUUUAUCCAAUGUCAAAAAUAAGUACUGGCUGGAGAGGUUAUCAAAGAAAGAUCUGACGGUCGAAAUUAUUAACGAAUUCGUUAACUGGUAUCUAGAGUCCGAGAAGAACGGAAGCUUUAACCCUGAAGAUAUGGUUGAAGGAGGAAUCUUAGCCGCAUAUAGAGUAGCCAAGGUGGCUCUCAGUGCUAUCACCAUGGUCCAUCAGAAAGAGCUAGAAGCUAGGAACAUUGUGGUGAACUCUAUGCAUCCAGGGCUGGUGAGGACUGACAUGACGACCGGGAGAGGCUUUUAUAGUGCAGACGACGCUGCCAAAACUCCUGUGUAUUUGGUACUGGAAGCUCCAGACACGCUGAAGGGCGCAUAUGUAUGGUACGACGGUCAGGUCAUAGACUGGUAUGAUUAUAAUGGAGACUAUGCCUUCAAGUCCUCAACAUUGUUAGAUUAACAAGUACAAUCAUCGUAUGAAUAUUAAAAAUAUAAAAUAACUAUGGAA